AUGACUUCAGUAAUUAGAAUAAUCUUAUAUGGAGUGGUAACAGAUACAGAUGAUGAUUAUGUACGAAUUGGUGCAAUUGAAAGUUUGAAACACUUUUGCAAUGCAAUAAUCGAAAUCUUUGGACCCGAAUAUCUUAAAUCUCCGACAACAACUGAUAUUGCUAGAUUACUUGCGAUUAGGGAGGCCAUCAGAAAAAAGCCAACCAUCAUUCUUGAAGCAGUAGCUUCUUAUGACUUGUGGAUUGGGCAUGCAUUUUUUGGAAUGCCUGGAUCACACAAUGACUUGAAUGUCUUGGAUCGGUCGCCCAUAUGUUUUGAUCUUGCCCAGGGUAAAGCUCCGCCUAUCCAAUACACUAUUAAUGGACAUACUUAUAAUAUGGGUUGUUACCUUGCUAAUGGUAUAUACCCUCAAUGGGCAACACUGGCUCAGACAAUCUCUUCUCCUCAAGGAGCAAAUAAGCAACAUUUUGCAAUGAUGCAAGAGUCAAAAAGGAAGGAUGUAGAGCGGGCAUUCAGAGUGCUCUAA